AUGAGCGCGUCUGCGGGAACGGGAGUGUUCCUGCUCUCCCUGAUGUCUAUCCCCAUCUGCUAUUUAUUCAAUUCUCUCAUUUACAGCAACAGAUGUUCUGUUUUUUGUUUUUUUCCAUGCAGUGCUGAAGCUUUCUUCUUCGCUUGGUGCACAACAGUUCUUAUUCUGGCCAUUUCAGCUCGUUUUAUGCUUAAAAAGAAGGCUCCAGUAGAUCCACUUUUUUAUGUGUAUGCAGUGCAUGCGUUCCUCAGUGUGGUGAAUCUGAUCAUUGGACUGGAGCAAGACAACAUCAUUGAUGGAUUUGUGACAUUUUACCUCAAAGAGGCAAAUCCACAUGUCAACACAGCACAUGGGCACAUGAUAUCCUACUGGGAUGGCUGCGUGCACUAUCUCAUGUAUCUGCUCAUGAUUGCUGCAAUAACUUGGGGGGACAAUUACAGAGCUAUUGGACUCUACUGGGUGGGAUCUUUUCUCAUGCGUGCAAUGGUCUACAUUCUUGGGAAUGCUGUGGGAAAGUAUGGGACUCACGUCGGCCCUCUCUUCAUCCUCCAUUUGUUGUACAUCUCAGUGUCGGUGUGGGCUUGCUUCCGCAUCUUUUGUCGGCCUUCUGCACGGGACGUUGAGCUAUCAGACAUCGAGGAGGCUCAGAGGGCAGGCUUGCUCCGCAGACCUGUGGACUUGGUAUUCAUCAUCUACCUCAUUCCAGCGCUGGCUUUCUGUGUGUUCAGAGGCCUGGUUGUUCUUGACUGUUCCAGCAAAUGGUGCCAAGACUACACACAACAGUAUGAGCCAUACCUCAAAGACCCUUCAGCCUACCCUAAAGUACAGAUGCUGGUGAGCAUGCUGUAUUCUGGGCCCUACUACAUCAUUACUCUGUAUGGGCUGUUGGUCCCAGGAUGUGACUGGAUGCCAGACCUGACUCUUGUACACUCGGGAGCAUUGGCACAGGCCCAGUUCUCCCACAUCGGUGCAUCUCUUCACACACGGACACCGUUUUCAUACAGAGUACCUGUGGACAGCCAGCCUGUCUUCUUGCUGGUCAAUGUGCUGUACAUGCUGGUGCCUCAGGCUCUGUGCUACCGCUGCUGCACACAGCCCGCCUUCUUUCUCAGGACAGCACUAGAGAAGAAAAAUGAAUGACAGACUGUCGGGGGGACAGAGAGAGUGCCACAGAUGCCAAAGAUGCCUAAAAUAAAGGCCCGAAGAACUCGCAAAUUCCUGCUGUGUUUGCAGGAAUUUGAAACUGCCACCUGUAAACUUCAUGGGGCU